UUCGGAGGCGUUCCCGCCUCCCAUUGGCUGCCGCCGCCGUGAUGGGGCGGGGCUCCACUGCCCGGAAAAAAUGUAACUGCGUAAAAAAGUCCUCGCCUGGGUGACGGAUGCUCAAAAGUUCAGAAGUUUUCCCAAUGCUUCCUUAAGCGGGCGGCGCGCGAGAGACUGAAAAAAAGGUGACGCGGCCCGGGCAGGCAGCCGGCGCGCUGCCCCCCGCCCUGGUUAUCUGGCCGCCUUCGCCGGCGGCUGGGGCAGAGCCUCCUGGAAGCGCAGGCGGCGCGGCGAGCCGGACGUCUGCUUGUUUUCUAGUUCGGGCUCCUUUUUCCCGUUCCCGCCUGGAAGCUGCCGCGCGCGUUCUAGGCCGUCGGCCGCGUCCGCGUCCGGCCCUCUCCGCCGCCCCAAGCCUCCUCGGCGGCCGGAGGCGCCCCGGAGCCGGGCGAGCGCAGGGGAGGCGGCGGCCCGGCACCAGCCCGCAGGCCCGGACUCGGACUGGGCGGCCGGCCCAGCGAGGGCGGGGGGCGGCGGCGGCUGCGGCGGCGGCGGCGAGCGGGGCCAUGCAGGCGCGCUACUCCGUUUCCAGCCCCAACUCCCUGGGAGUGGUGCCCUACCUCGGCGGCGAGCAGAGCUACUACCGCGCGGCGGCGGCGGCCGGGGGCGGCUACACCGCCAUGCCGGCCCCCAUGAGCGUGUACUCGCACCCGGCGCACGCCGAGCAGUACCCGGGCGGCAUGGCCCGCGCCUACGGGCCCUACACGCCGCAGCCGCAGCCCAAGGACAUGGUGAAGCCGCCCUACAGCUACAUCGCGCUCAUCACCAUGGCCAUCCAGAACGCGCCGGACAAGAAGAUCACCCUGAAUGGCAUCUACCAAUUCAUCAUGGACCGCUUCCCCUUCUACCGGGACAACAAACAAGGCUGGCAGAAUAGCAUCCGCCACAAUCUCUCGCUCAAUGAGUGCUUCGUCAAGGUGCCGCGCGACGACAAGAAGCCAGGCAAGGGCAGUUACUGGACGCUGGACCCGGACUCCUACAACAUGUUCGAGAACGGCAGCUUCCUGCGGCGGCGGCGGCGCUUCAAAAAGAAGGACGCCGUGAAAGACAAGGAGGAGAAGGACCGGCUGCACCUCAAGGAGCCGCCGCCGCCGCCGCAGCCCGGCCGCCAGCCCGCGCCCGCGCCGCCCGAGCAGGCAGACGGCGCGGCGCCCGGAGCGCAGCCGCCGCCCGUGCGCAUCCAGGACAUCAAGACCGAGAACGGUACGUGCCCCUCGCCGCCCCAGCCCCUGUCCCCGGCCGCCGCCCUGGGCAGCGGCAGCGCUGGCGCCGCCGCGGUGCCCAAAAUCGAAAGCCCCGACAGCAGCAGCAGCAGCCUGUCCAGCGGGGGCAGCCCCCCGGGCGGCCUGCCGGCGGCGCGGCCGCUGAGCCUGGACGGCGCGGAGCCCGGCCAGCCGCCCGCGCCCGCGCCCGCGCCGCCGCACAGCCAGGGCUUCAGCGUGGACAACAUCAUGACGUCGCUGCGGGGGUCGCCGCAGGGCGCAGCCGCCGAGCUGGGCUCUGGCCUCCUGGCCCCGGCCGCCGCGUCCUCGCGCGCGGGCCUGGCGCCCCCGCUGGCGCUGGGCGCCUACUCGCCGGGCCAGAGCUCCCUGUACGGCUCCCCCUGCAGCCAGAGCCCCGGCGCGGGCGGCUCGGGCGGGGGCGGCGGGGCCGGGGGCGCCGGGACCUACCACUGCAACCUGCAGGCCAUGAGCCUGUACGCGGCCGGGGAGCGCGGCGGCCACGUGCAGGGCGCGCCCGCGGGCGCCGGCGCCUCCUCGGUGGACGACCCCCUGCCCGACUACUCCCUGCCCCCGGCCACCAGCAGCAGCUCCUCGUCACUGGGCCACGGCGGCGGCGGCGGCCAGGAGGCCGGCCAUCACCCUGCGGCCCACCAAGGCCGCCUGGCCUCGUGGUACCUGAACCAGGCGGGCGGGGACCUGGGCCACCUGGCGAGCGCGGCGGCGGCGGCCGCGGCGGGCUACCCGGGCCAGCAGCAGAACUUCCACUCGGUGCGGGGGAUGUUUGAGUCGCAGCGGAUCGGCCUGAGCAACUCCCCGGUGAACGGGAACAGCAGCUGUCAGAUGGCCUUCCCCUCGGGCCAGUCCCUGUACCGCACGUCAGGGGCCUUCGUCUACGACUGCAGCAAGUUCUGACCCCUCCGCCCUGCCCGCCUCCCAGCCGAACUGAACCGGACCCCAGAGCAGAAGCAGCCAAAAGAACCGUCGAUGCAAAACCGAAACCAAAAACCCAAUUUGUGAAACGUUCACGAGACCGGCGAACAGAAUCUCUCCAAACUUUCAACUCAUCAGCACGAAGAAGAGCAUUUUCUUAAAAGAUGGAUUCGGAGCCGCCUCCACUUUGCCUUAACUCAAUAAACAGAACCGUAAACUGUUUCGUACAGAGACAGCAGAGUCAUGGUUUGUUAAAGGACAGUGUUACUCCAGAUAACACGUAAGUUUCUCCUUCUUUUCAGAGAGCACGCUUUCCUCUUCCUGUCCUGUCCCUUCCCCUGCCGCCUCCUGCCUUCACGUCUCACCUGUAAGAUACUAUUUUAUCCUCUUGAAAGGAGGUAGGAAGUCCCCGUAUAUGAAAAUCGCUUUCUUUUUAUCCAUGGACUUGUUUUAAAAUGUAAAUUGCAACAUAGUAAUUUAUUUUUAAUUUGUAGUUGGAUGUCGUGGACCAAACGCCAGAAAGUGUUUCCAAAACCUGACGUUAAAUUGCCUGAAACUUUGAAUUGUGCUUUUUUUCAUUAUAAAAAGGGAAACUGUAUUAAUCUUAUUCUAUCAUCUUUUCUUUCUUUUUGUUGAACAUAUUCAUUGUUUGUUUAUUAAUAAAUUACCAUUCAGUUUGAAUGAGA